UCUCAUACAAAAAUGUCCUAAUGAUUUGUUAUAUAAUUUCGGAACCGUCUUUCAAACCAGGGGGGCAGCUCCGGAAUUUGAAGCUACGGUUAGAGUGGGCGCCGUCCGGGUUUUAUGCAAGGGGUAUGAUCAGCCCUGGUUGGGGCCCAGGGGACGAUUUUUAAAAAAUUAUUUUUAAACGUUUGUAAAUAUAAGACCUGCAAAAUCACAGCAAAACUCCUGUCAUGUAGAAAUAUAUCUUUUUUACUUUUUUUCUUACGAAUGGUUGUAAAUUAAUCAGAUUAUUAAAAAAAAAUCAAGUUCAAUAGGACGAUUUACUGAUGAAGUUGAAAAAGAUAACCAUGCCCGCUUGUAUUGUACUCGUAUAAUAAACAUCAAAGAGUCAUUUUAAACGCUACUUUGUAAAACCAAUUACUUAAAGUCGAGUGACUGACACAUUUGAAUAAAAAAAAGAAUAAUUAGAAUAAUCAGAGUUUCCAUAUUUGCAAUAACAGUGGCGGAUCCAGAGAUUUUUUAUUCCAAUGAAUGAUAUUGUAUUUUUUGUUCAACAUGUAGGGAGAGGGUGAAUUAAGUUUUUAUAAACUGUGCCCAAUCCCGUUGUAAUAUUUGAUAUAAAAUAAAUUAAUGAAUUAUAAGAUAAAUCUAAUAACUCAUUUAGUAAAUGAGACAAAGAAAAGAUUAAUGGGAUGUCGAAAAAAAUAUGGUAUGAAUUGAUGAAAAGUGUAAAGGUUGCGUUGCUGAUGGAAAUACCCGCGAAUCCUCCGUCACAUGAUCAAUUUAGCUCAUGCGACUUUUUUAUCAAAUGGAAAAUGGAGGGACGAACUACAGCAUGUGUGAUAUGUGCUGCAAUAGUGAUGAUGACACUUCAAGAUUUUUAUACUUUUGCUAAAAUUAUGGAUGUUGCGCAGUGUCCAAGAUGUCUGAACAAACGUGGAGUUGUAACGUGUAAAACUUACAAGAACAAUUGUGUCAGUGUUUUCCUUAAUCGUGCCAGAACCCAAAUCCGUGAAAUUCGCGUCCCUAUGUGUACUAUCGAUAUUGUGGUCAACAGAAAGUGGGAGUCCCUUACUGACUUUCCAGUAGUGCGGGACAUUAGGGGACAUCAAUGUGCCAGUGUAUUCAAUAUGCCUACUGAAGAGUCCAAGAUGUUGGCCACCACUACAAUACCAUCCACUUCAUCAGCAAAUACACAAGGGAGGGCUUGGAUUGGGCCAGCGUCAUUGAAAAGUACAACUCAAGAUAUGCCUACUGAAGAGUCCAAGAUGUUGGCCAUCUUUACAGUGCCAUCCACUUCAUCAGCAAAUACACAAGGGAGGGCUUGGAUUGGGCCAGCGUCAUUGAAAAGUAAAACUCGAGAUAUGCCUACUGAAGAGUCCAAGAUGUUGGCCACUUCUACAAUACCAUCCACUUCAUCAGCAAGAACACAAGGGAGGGCUUGGAUUGGGCCAGCGUCAUUGAAAAGUACAACUCGAGGGUUACAAUUAUCUACCGAAGAAUUUGACGUGCCUGGGACCGCAGGUGUUUUUGCCUGGGCAGUUGUCACAACACUUGCCAUUAUUCUGAUUGUGAUAAGGCAUCUUUUGCUUUCGAAAAUAAAAUGCUGCUGUAGAAGGCAAGUCAACCAUCUUCCUAGAACACCAUCACCACCUUCAACACCGUGCACUCGUGAAACUGUAGAGCAGAUAAGAAUGCAUUUAUUGCACACACCAUCUUCCAUUGCUACCACCCCCAGCAGUUUAUCGGCGUCAACCCCCAACACAGUAGUUUCAGUAACUCGACCUCUCCUUGGUGAUGAUGACGAUGAACCUAUUUCACAACGUACCAGGGCUAAAAGUGUCGCAAAGAGACUUAGCCUGUAAUUUCUUUACUAGUUUUUCAAAGGGAUGAUAUUACUACGUUUUGAACUUUUUAAUGACUGUGUAGUGUACAAGUUUUGAAAAUGAUAACAGUAAACAGUUUUAUGAAUGUGUAAUCAGUUUAAAGUUGUGCAUUUUUUAUGACAGAUUUUUUUGGAAUUGGAAAAAGCAUAAAGUUUGGGACUUUUUGAACUGUUUAAGUUCCAUUAUUUUUCCUUUUAUUACAAAACAGAUUUGUUAAUGACAUAACAAUUUGAUGACAUUUUACUUUUUUUAAUGAAUGUACAUGUAGUACAGAGCAACGGUAUUGUUUAAGGACAUUGACUCGUUAGUUUUUCCUAUGGUUGCUUUUAAUGUUUUUGUAUUUUUUAUUUUUUUUUUUUUAUUUUAUGCGACAGUUUGUAUUUUACUUGAAUACUGAUCAAAGGAAAAUUUAAAGUCCUGCCUUUAUUUGCUGAUUAUUAUAAUUUACAUAUGACAGUGAUCAUUUGGUUAUUUUUGGGAUGUGCAAUUGAUGUAAAAUGAUGUUUAAAUUGAUUUUAACUGAUAAAUGUGAUUUACACUUAACAUUGAUCAUUUGCUUAUUAUGAUUGUGAUGUAUAAGUUAUGACAUUAGGGUUAAUUGUUGCAGCACAUAUUUCUAUAUAAUAAUAUUUAAUAUCCAAUAGUUAUAGAGUAUUAUGCUUAAUAUUAUCUACCUGUGAUAUAAUGCUGUUAAUAACAAUGCAGGUUUUAAAUAUUUUUGAACAUUUGUUUAGCUAGAAAUUCUUUUGGUUAGCAACUGGGUUUAAAGAAUAAGUUUGCACAGUUUGAUAUUAAGCAUGUUAAUGUCUAUUUAUAGAUAUUUUUGUCAAUAAGCCAGUAUAUUUCUUAACAUUGUUUUUACCUAAUGUCAUUUCUUUGAAAAUUUGUUAAGUAUUAGGAAAUACUUAAAAUUUUUGUUACAGGAUUUUUGUUAAUAAAAAAGUAUUCUUUCUA